AUGGGCCGCCAAAAGCAAACAACACCGCUUCAGCGAGUCCCCUCGUCCUCGUCCUCGCCCAUGCAUAUGCCCUCCAAUGAGCCCGAACUGAACGAGAAGAACGCAAAUGGAAGCACAAAAGAUUCACACGCUAACGGCAGCGCGUCUGUCAAGGAAGCAGUUGUGUUGGAACCAGAGGUCGAUACCCCCGGCUUGACACAGCUUCUCAUUUGCGUUCUUGGUAUCUACGCUGCAUUGCGAUCACUACUACCUCAUACCCCAUUCGCCCCGCAACGGCCGCCGAACCAGAACCCCCCUACUGAGCGAUUCACCUACUCCCUGGUGUUGAACACUGUUCAGUCAUCGUUCGCUGCCAUCACCGGCUUCAUCUACCUCUUCUUCUCCACGCCGAAGGGUCAGAAAACACCCUCUCCCUUCCCGACCCGACGCAUCCUCUUCCCCCUGCUCCUCGUCAGCAUUUCCUCGUCUCUCGCAUCUCCAUUUGGCUAUGCCAGUCUUGCUCAUAUCGACUACCUCACCUUCAUUCUCGCGAAGUCAUGCAAACUCCUACCGGUCAUGCUUCUCCACCUGACAAUCUUCCGCAAGAAAUACCCGCUGUACAAGUACGGUGUCGUUCUUCUCGUGACGCUGGGCGUGGCAACCUUCACCCUGCACCACCCUGGUACGAGUAAGAAAGUCGCUGCUUCAGCCUCCAAGCAGUCCGGUUCCUCGGCAUGGGGAAUCUUCUUGCUGUCCAUUAAUCUUCUCCUCGAUGGCCUGACCAACACAACACAAGACCAUGUCUUUACCUCCCCGAAGCUGUACACCCGCUUCACGGGACCCCAGAUGAUGGUAGCCCAGAACGUGCUCUCCACCAUCUUGACGACCGCGUAUCUUCUCAUCAUGCCGCAUAUCUCGCAGAGCGGUAUCCUGCACAGUCUCCUCCCGUUCCCGAUCCCUCCCUCCACCGAGGCGGAGCUGUACUCUUCCAUCUCUUUCCUCGCGCGCCACCCCGAAGCCUUGAAACAUGUUCUUGGAUUCGCGGCGUGUGGAGCUGUCGGACAGCUUUUCAUCUUUUAUACGCUGUCACGCUUUUCGUCUCUUCUUUUGGUAACUGUGACCGUUACACGCAAGAUGUUGACUAUGCUUCUGAGCGUCUUCUGGUUCGGUCAUGCUCUGUCCGCUGGUCAGUGGUUGGGAAUUGGUCUGGUGUUCGGUGGCAUCGGGGCUGAGGCUGUUGUCCAGAAACAGGAGAAAAAGGCAAAGGAGCUGGCUAAGAAGGAGGCUGCUAAAAAGGAGCUGUAA